AUGAACAGCAAGAUUAAGAGUGUUUAUUCAAAAUAUGGUAGUCUUCUGCAGUUUUUUAUACUGAGUUUUUCGCAGUCCUUGAGGGUUACUGAGCGAAAACAUCACAGGCUUAUCGCUUGUGCUCGCCGUCCAACUUUGCUAAUGUCAAUCGAGGAUAAUCUACAGCAAUAUGGUGAUUACAUCACACCAUACACAUUUAAACAUAUACAAGACCAAGCAGAAUUUUCUGACAAGGUUAGAAUAGAAGAAAGAAUAUCAGAUAACACCUUUCUGGUUACCAAACACGAUCAAACAAAUGUGAUUACUCCAUCAACCUCAACCUGGGCUUACCUUGCCAGUAUUUUUUAAAGUCAGAAUGCUGUUGGGCAUGAGUCAUUUUGAUGAGUCACUUAUUGUAGACCAGUGAAAGAACUUGUAUGCAAACAAUGGUGUAAUGACAGAACUCAACACAGCAAUAGAAAGUGAUCAAACAGAGGAUUGCUUUAUUAAUAUCCAAGAUGAGCUACCUCAAAGAAAGAUCUUGACAGAAACAAGAAGGCCUUAAAGGCGGCUAAAGCAUUGGCAUCUGUUGCAAGUGAAGGAGGAAUGAAGACCUUUGACGAGCAUAUGAUGCAGAUGAAAGCAUUGCUUGAAUCAUGGCAAACAGGGAAACCGUUUCAUAUGGUAAGUGCAAGCCAGCAUAGUAUUCCCAGAAAUGUUUCUGAAAAAAUCGAUGAGUUGUUCACUGAAAACGACAAGGCUUUGACUGACAAAGAAAGCAAAACAACUUCAACAAGUGGCAAAGCCAAAGUUGCUCCUAGAAAGAAGCAGUGA